AUGCCUCCUCGUGCGCACUCCAAGACCGCGCGUGUCCCCAAGCGCCCCUUCGAGGCUGCUCGUCUGGACUCUGAGCUGAAGAUUGUCGGCGAGUAUGGCCUCCGUAACAAGCGUGAGGUCUGGCGUGUCGGGUUGACUCUGUCCAAGAUUCGUCGUGCUGCCCGUCAGCUCCUUACCCUCGACGAGAAGGACCCCAAGCGCCUCUUCGAGGGCAACGCCCUCAUUCGCCGUCUCGUCCGUGUCGGCGUCCUCGACGAGUCGCGCAUGAAGCUCGAUUACGUCCUGGCUCUCAAGAUCGAGGACUUCCUCGAGCGUCGUCUCCAGACUUGCGUCUACAAGCUCGGUCUCGCCAAGUCGAUCCACCACGCCCGCGUCCUGAUCCGUCAGCGCCACAUCCGCGUCGGCAAGCAGAUCGUCAACGUUCCCUCGUUCAUGGUCCGUCUCGACUCGCAGAAGCACAUUGACUUCUCCCUGACCUCGCCCUUCGGCGGCGGCCGCCCCGGCCGUGUCCGCAGAAAGAAGGCCAAGGCCGCCGAGGGUGGCGAGGAUGAGGAGGAGGAGGAGGAUGACGAGUAA